UGCCUGCGCCGCCACCGCCGCAGCUCCACAGGCCACCGCGGCAGCAGCGCCGCUCCCGGACCGCGGCCGGUCGGCCCUCAGCAGGCAGGAGAGACGGAGGGAGACGGAAGGCGGCCGCGGCGGCUGCCAGCCCCGCGCCGCGGCCGCACAAACCGGCUACCUGCGCGGCCGGGCCUGAGCGCCGAGCCCCGGCUCCGACAUGUCCGGCAAGAUCGAGAAAGCAGAUUCUGAGCGUUCUCAUCUCUCCUCCUUCACUAUGAAGCUGAAGGGCAAGUUUCAUUCACCAAAAAUCAAGAGAACCCCUUCCAAGAAAGGCAAGCAAGUGGACCUGGCAGUGAAAACACCAGAGAAGGCAGUCAACAAAAACGUGUCCUGGCUGGAGGAGAAGGAGAAGGAGGUGGUCAGUGCCCUGCGCUACUUUAAGACUAUUGUGGACAAAAUGGCAAUUGACAAGAAGGUGCUGGAGAUGCUGCCAGGCUCUGCAAGCAAAGUGCUGGAAGCCAUCCUGCCCUUGGUGCAGACUGAGCCACGCAUCCAGCAGAGCUCUGCCAUCUCCUCCUGCUACAGCCGUGUGUACCAGAGCCUGGCCAACCUCAUCCGCUGGUCUGACCAGGUGAUGCUGGAAGGGGUGAACUCAGAAGACAAGGAGAUGGUGACAACAGUGAAGGGAGUCAUAAAGGCUGUGCUGGAUGGAGUCAAGGAGCUGGUCAAACUGACCAUUGAGAAGCAGGAGCAUCCCUCUCCCACGAGCCCGGCGAAGCCCAGCUUGCCAGCCUGUAAAUCCGACAGCCCCUCAGAACUUCCCCUCACAGACCGAGAAAUGGAAAUCCUCAACAAAACAACUAACAUGACCCAGUCCAACGAGCUGCUGACUGACUCCAUGGAUGAGGAAGUUGCACCUCCUAAACCCCCUCUGCCCAGCAUUCGUGUGGCAGAGAACAGCCCUCCACCAGCACUGCCCCCGAAAAAGCGGCAGUCGGCACCUUCCCCGACCAGAGUGGCAGUCGUGGCCCCCAUGAGUCGAGCCACCAGUGGGUCCAGUUUACCUGUUGGGAUCAACAGACAGGACUUCGACGUUGACUGCUAUGCCCAGCGGAGGCUGUCGGGCGGCAGCCACUCCUACGGGGGGGAGUCUCCUCGCCUCUCCCCGUGCAGCAGCAUCGGCAAGCUCAGCAAGUCUGACGAGCAGCUCUCCUCCCUGGACCGGGACAGUGGGCAGUGCUCCCGCAACACAAGCUGUGAAACCUUGGAUCAAUCAGAUCACUAUGAUCCAGACUAUGAAUUCCUGCAGCAGGACCUCUCCAACGCUGAUCAGAUUCCUCAGCAGGUGCCAGGUAUCCUCAGCCCACUGCCAGAGUCCUCGGGUGAGUCUGGCUCCCCUUUCCAUGGACAUCCUUUCCAGCUCCCGCAGGGCAGCUCUCCUCCCCUGGAAUUCUGCAGCCUCUCGGGAGCAGCACAGCCAGCAGAGACCCCUCCAGCUUUGCCAGAGAAGAAGAGGAGGAGUGCAGCCUCUCAGACCGCAGAGAGCUCAGGCUGCAGGGUGUCCUACGAGCGGCUCCCGUCCCAGUACGACAACAUCUCGGAGGACGACCUGCAGAGCGCAGCCUCGGUCCCGUCAGUACACUUCACACCAUUUGCUGCUGUUUUGCCUUUGCAGCAAGGAAACUCUUCAGCACCAGUUGAGUUCAUUGCUGACUUUGCUGCUCCAGAUUCUCACAGUGACCCCGAGAAGCCACCACCUCUGCCAGAGAAGAAGAACAAACACAUGCUGGCAUACAUGCAGUUCGUGGAGGACUACUCCGAGCCACAGCCAUCCAUGUUCUACCAGACCCCUCAGAACGAGCACAUCUACCAGCAGAAGAACAAGCACCUGAUGGAAGUCUAUGGCAUCAGUGACUCCUUCAUCAGCUCAGACCCCUGCCAAGACCUGGCACCUCCUCCUGCUCUCCCACCGAAGCAGCGGCAGCUGCAGGCCUCCUGUGCUGCCUCCUCUUUCUCCUCUGUCUCCUACUGUGUCCAGCAAACUAAAGUGCCCUUCACGCCCGAGGACAGCGCUGCCGCUCAGGGCCUCACUAUGUCAGUCUCUAACUCCUUUCUCAGCCGGCACAGCUCCUUUCCUGUGCACUCGUACAAAUCCGUGUUUAGGUCCUACUCCCAGGACUUUGUGCCUCACAACCAAGUCUCCAUACCUCCUUUCCUCUCUUCUACCUCCUCCUCCUCCUCCUGCUCCACCCCACCUUUUCCACCCGUCCAUCCCUCUCAGAGCUCUGACCUAGCGGUGCCCGCCGCAGCCAGCCACUCACCCAGCACUGUGGAUGUGCCAAACUCCUCUUCUCAGGAGAGCAGCUUUAGCGGGAGAGCUCCUGUCUGCCUGCCUUCUGAAACCUCUCUCACUGAUUCUCUCCAGACGCCUUCGAGUGACAACGCCAGUGAGGAAGCUGGGGAGGGUGAAUACGUCAAUCUGUACUCCUCUGGCCAGAGCAACGGGGAACUCCCAGGCUCUGCAGGAGAAUCUCCCUCUCUCAAAGACUCCAAAGACUCCACUUCAAACAGCAGCGCCAUGGGGAAGGAAGGCAAAGAUGGUGCUGAAAGGCAGCAGCAGUCUCCAGAUUCUUUGGAGUCCUCACAGCUGGAGGAAGAGGUGGAUGAGCUGUCACUUAUUGACCACAGUGAAAUCAUGGCUCGGUUGACACUGAAGCAGGAGGGAGAUGAUGGCCCAGAUGUCCGUGGUGGAUCUGGAGACAUUCUGCUGGUGCAUGCAACAGAGACUGACAGGAAAGACCUGGUGCUGUACUGUGAAGCCUUCCUGACUACCUACAGGACUUUCAUUACCCCUGAGGAGCUCAUCAAGAAGCUGCAGUACAGGUAUGAGAAGUUCUGCCACUUCCCAGACACCUUCAAGAAGAGAGUCAGCAAGAACACCUUCUUCGUGCUGGUCAGGGUGGUGGAUGAGCUCUGCUUGGUGGAGCUGACAGAGGAGAUCCUCAAGCUGCUGAUGGACCUGGUGUUCCGGCUGGUCUGCAACGGGGAGCUGAGCCUGGCCCGGGUCCUGCGCAAGAACAUCCUCGACAAGGUGGAUCAGAAGAAGCUGCUGAGCUAUGCCAACUCCAUCAAACCUCUUGCAGCCAGAGGAGUGGCCGCCAGGCCAGGCACUCUGCAUGAUUUCCACAGCCACGAGAUCGCUGAGCAGUUGACCCUGCUGGACGCUGAGCUCUUCUACAAGAUUGAGAUCCCAGAAGUUUUGCUUUGGGCAAAGGAGCAAAAUGAAGAGAAGAGCCCCAACCUGACCCAGUUCACAGAGCACUUUAAUAACAUGUCCUACUGGGUCCGUUCAAUAAUCAUGCUGCAAGAGAAAGCCCAAGACCGAGAGAGGCUGCUCCUUAAGUUUAUAAAGAUUAUGAAGCACUUACGCAAGCUGAACAAUUUUAACUCCUAUCUGGCCAUCCUUUCUGCACUGGAUUCUGCACCCAUCCGAAGGCUGGAGUGGCAGAAGCAAACCUCAGAGGGCCUGGCCGAGUACUGCACUCUGAUCGACAGCUCCUCCUCCUUCCGCGCCUACCGAGCAGCUCUGGCUGAUGUGGAGCCUCCCUGCAUCCCUUACCUAGGCCUGAUCCUGCAGGACCUGACCUUUGUCCACCUGGGGAACCCUGAUUACAUCGACAGCAAAGUGAACUUCUCCAAGCGCUGGCAGCAGUUCAACAUCCUGGACAGCAUGAGGUGCUUCCAGCAAGUACAUUAUGACAUCAAAAGGAACGACGACAUCGUCUCCUUCUUCAACGACUUCAGUGACCACCUGGCCGAGGAGGCCCUCUGGGAACUGUCCCUCAAAAUCAAACCUCGCAACAUCACCAGGCGGAAAACAGACCGGGAGGAGAAGACCUAGGAGCAGGGCUGUGUGAGCCAGGAGAAUUGCUCCAAGAGGCACCGAGGGCAGCUAUGAGACUGGAGUUCCAUGUUUGUACCUGUUACUGGAUGAUGCCCCCUCCUCCCAGCUGGCAGCGACCCCGGGGGGUGAGCGCGGGGCGGUCGCAGCAGAGAAGUGACCAGGGCAGGGAGCCGCCGGUGCUCGCUGCACUCUCGCCCUCCUCCUCUCCCUCCCUCCAACCACCAACCAGCUUCCAACCCGGGGAGAGAGCUCUGUGGAAGGAGGGUCCCACACCGGCCUGUUACUGGUUUGCCAGCUGAUGGCAUCUGGGAGCACCCAGCGGUGGGGUUGGGAGGGUCAGCAAGAGCUCAGCACCCGCAGCCCUGCCUCCGGAGUGGUGUUCAGCAGGCAGCAGCUGUGGAAGCCAAGGGUGUGAGCGUCCCCUGCGGUGCCACCUGGAAAGGUGCCCAUCCCUAGGAGACGAGGGUGGAAGAGACUCCCACUGCCUGCUGGAGGAGCUCUGCUGUCAGACAGCUGCUUGUGUUUACAGGGGGCUUGGCUUUACCCCCGAGCCGCGGUGCCACCUUCGCCGGGAGGAAGGCUCCGGAUGCAGAGAUGGAAGAGGCACUGAGACUGUGGGCAGGGACCCGCCAUCUCCAGCCAUCGAAUCCCCUCCUCCUCCUCUUCUCAAAUCCCCUUAUUUAAGCAACGUUCUCCAUCCCUCCAGCCCCUGCAGACACUGAGUGCCCGCCCUGGGCCCGCGCCGGGCAGCACCGGCACAGGCUUUGCCCAUUGGCUGCCGCAGGACACAGGAGUGUAGAUGUGAGAGCUGAGAGCCCCGCGGGUGCCUGCCUGGGACUACUGAGGCUGCGAGACUAAACCUGCAAAACAUCCUGUGUGAAGUACCCAACCAGCUGCCAGUGCUGGGAGGAAGGCUGCAGGAGCCAGCAGAGCCACUUCUGGAGCUGGCAGUGGGAAGCAGGAGUCCUGUGCCUGGCCGAGCCACCCCAGCCCCUCCUCCCCGCUCCCUUCUGCUCUCACUGUUGCCAAAUGUUUUUUCCAGGGGUUCCCCAUCUGACUGACCCUUGGUGCUGUGCUUUGUGACCUGUGCUUUGGCAGGAGCUCCAGCAGGUGCCAGUCCCCAGGUCCCCUCCGUGCUGGAGCCAGGAGCAGGGGCAGCUGGGCACGGAGGGGUCUCAUUUCCCACACAGGCAGCAUUGCCCCCAAUCUGUUGUGUGCCUUAUUCAGCCCUUCUGGCCCCACUCCUGUCCCAUCCAGGGCAUCCCCCCCUCUGCAGCGCCAGCCAGGCCCUUUCACAUCCCUUGCCUGUCCCCAUCCAAGGUUCCUGGUGUGGGUCAUGAGUCUGGGGGCACAGUGAAGGUUUCAGCAGCCCCACGAGGCCUCCCUCAGCACCGUGUCACAGUCACAGGCUUUUGGAGCCCUCUCUGGCAAAGUCCUGUGGGUUUAGGGCAGCAGCUCACAAGGAACCUGGAUGUGGGGAGAAGUUGGCAGAGCAUCCCCAACUUCUGGGUAGCAGCCCCAUGUUUGCUGGAGCCUCUCUGUUUGCUCUGGGUGGAUCGGAGCUGCCAGGCUCCCUCUGCAGCUUGCGGAGCCUCAGCUGGCUGCCUGCGGGCGGCAGGAGGGAGCAGCUCACAGGGGCGCACCCAGCUCCAGCAUCCGCCCCACGAGUCAGGCACAGGACUUGUGCAGCAGCCCAGCGCUGGGGAGCAGGGAGACCUCCCCUGCCUGUCAGGCCAUCGUCGAGGGGAGCAGAGUGUGGGGUCCAGCACUGGUUUGGGCAUCCCCGGAGUGGGAGGAGCUGGGAACUUGCUGUGCUGAGACCACAGCGUCCAGCCCAGGGCACUUCCAAACCCGUUUAUUUUGAUGGCACCAAGGGCACUGUGGCCCUGUGCCUUGCCCUCCCUAGGCUUUGCAGUCCCCAGAGGCUUCCCAGGCUCGCAGGCAGGAGCUCUGCUCCUGUUUCCUUUGUAAAUAAGAGGUUUUCAGCAGCCUGACAGCACCAGACUGUGAAAAGACAAACACAAACACAGCCCACAGCUGGCCCUGGCAUCUGGCCCUGGCCCCCUCGGGCUGGCUCCACCAACUUCCUGGGCACUGUGCUGUGGCACAGACUGGUUCUGGCAGCACUGGAACCACAGCCCACUGCUUCCCCUUCCUUUGUGGGGACCCUGGGGGUGGCAGAGUCCAUGCUGGAGGCUCGAUACCAGAGAGGGACAGGAGGGUCACCUGGUCCUUAGCCCUGCCAGGGUGCUCUGGCAAGCAGGAGCUGAGUCCAGCCUCUUCCCCGUGCUUGAGCUGCAACUACUCUUGGCACCAAAGAGGGGUCUUGCUCCCUACCCUCUCCUGGCCCCCCAGAAGCCAGAGGCUCAGCCUCUGGUAGGGGAAGGUUGGUGUGGUCACAGCACCUCAUCCUGCGUGGUGGGGCUGAGCCCCUGCCUGUCCUCCCCUGCUCCUGUCCUUUGCUGUGCCCUCAUCCCCAGCCAAGCAGGACAUCCCCACCAUGGCUCCUGGCUUGUCUCCAGACCUCAGGCUGGAGGGACCCUAAAGAAGGAUCCCCUCACCCAGAGCAGCUUCAGCUUUGCUGAUCAGAGACCAUCCCCUGCAGGAGCAGCACCCCUGGGCAGCAGGAGCCCAGAACAUCAGCAAGGCGUUGGCCAGGGGCAUAGGCCUGUGUCUCGCAGGCAGCAUCCCUGAGACCAUCACCUCUGCUCGGGGGCAGGGAAGGGUCUCAGUCACCUCUGGGGGCAGGGAGGGGUCUCAAUCCCCUCUCCACAAGGGCAGGGAGUGGGGAGAAGCAGUGCCCCCGGUCACCAGCCCCCUGCCCCUGUCCCCCAGCCCCAGCAGCUGUGUUGUGUUGUACACUGGCCACUGCCCCAGCCCCGCUGGUGGCAUCUCCCUGCCACCCUCUCAGCCCUGUACUUUUCUACUGAAGUCAAAUAAAGAGCAGCGACAAAGCCUCCUGCCGGUCCUGCCUGCGGUGCAUGCAGCAGUCUGGAUUAAAGUGACAAUCGAGUCCACCUGUG